UGCAACUCAAUACAGGAGCACGCAGCUAAGUAAGGAGAUUUUGUGCUCUGAUGAAAUCAUCCAGGAGAUUUUGUGCUCUGAUGAAGUCAUCCUGCUCAUGAUCAACACAAUAACAAGAAAACUCAAAUCAAGCCAAAGGUCUCUCUCUCUCCUCGAACAAGGUCUCACCAUGAAACAGGUCAAGCAAAUCCACGCCAAUCUUAUCAUCACAGGAACUGCACAGGACCCAUUUUCUCUCUCUAAAAUCAUAGCCUUUUGUUCUCUCUCUAAAAAUGGUGACCUGAGCUACGCUCACACUCUGCUCCACGCCAUCUCACGCCCCACAAUGUUCAUGUGGAACACAAUGAUCAGAAGUUGUGUAGAGAGAGAAUUCAAUGAGGAAGCUUUCUCUCUCUACAAAUGCCUCCUCCAACAAGGCCACCACCCCAACAACUACACUUUCUCUUUCAUCAUCAGAGCUCUGAUUCAGCUUUCUUCACCCAAAACUGGGGCCACAGUCCAUGGCCAAAUCAUAAAAAUUGGAUGGGUCUUGUAUGAUUUUGUGUACAAUGGGUUGAUUCAUAUGUAUGGUGCCUGCAAUUGUAUCUAUGAAGCACACAAGGUAUUUGAAGAAAUUCCUCACAGAGAUGUGAUUUCAUGGACUGCAAUGCUCAGUGGUUACACAAAAGUGGGCCGAGUCGACGAAGCACAGAAGAUUUUCGAUGAAAUGCCCGAGAAAAACAUAGUUUCAUGGAGUGCCAUGAUUUCAUGCUAUGCUCAAAGUGGGUGCGCCAAAGAGGCCUUAGAACUAUUCAAUGAGAUGCAAAUCAAUAGAAUUCCUCUGAGCAAUGCAAUAAUGGUGGGUGUUUUAUCAGGUUGUGCUCAAUUGGGGGCCUUAGAGCAAGGGAGAUGGAUUCAUGCAUAUGUGAGGAAGCAUGGGAUUAGCCUCGAUCGAAUACUGGGCACUGCAUUAGUGGACAUGUACGCGAAAUGUGGGUUCAUAGAGACCUCUUUACAGGUCUUCAGCGAAAUGGUUGAAAGAGAUGUUUAUGCUUGGACCGCCAUGUUAUCGGGUCUCGCCAUGCACGGGCAUGGCAUUCAAGCGAUCGAGGCUUUUCGAGAGAUGCAGCGAAGUGGGGUGAAGCCCAAUGAGGUAACCUAUAUAGCGGUGCUUAAUGCAUGUAGCCGAGCCGGUCUAGUGAGAGAAGGGCGAGCUUUCUUCGAGGCCAUGAGCCAAGCUCAUGGCAUCGAACCAGGCGUUGAGCACUACGGGUGUAUGGUCGAUAUGUAUGGGAGAGCGGGGCUCAUCGAUGAUGCCAUGGAUGUCAUUAGAAGCAUGCCCAUGGAGUCUGAUGCCUAUGUAUUGGGAGCAUUGCUCGGUGCUUCUAAAAUGCAUGGAAAUGUCACAGUGGGUGAGGAAAUGGCUAAAAAGUUAAGUGAGUUGAGGCUUGAUCAUGGUGGGGUUCAUGUGCUUUUGUCAAAUAUUUACGCUUCAGCUAAUAGGUGGGAAGAUGUUUCAAAGGUGAGAAAAAGAAUGGAAGAGAACAGGAUAAAGAAGACUCCUGGUUGUAGUUUGGUAGAGGUGGAUGGAGUUGUUCACGAGUUUGUGGCAGGGGAGAGAUCACACUCUCUAAUGGAGGAGAUUUUCUUGGUGGUGCAUGGGCUGGACUUGCAAUUGAGGUCCCUGGUCCAUGGCAGUGAUGCCACCCAACACAUUUUCUCUCUCUAGAUUCACUAACCUAGCUUUUUUUUUGUUUGAAUUCAAUUCACUAACACAGCUUAAUUGAAUUUCUCUUACAAAGUUGUCU